AUGUCUGACAACAACAAUAACACUGCCCAUCCGGGCGUUCGCAGCUUGCUGGCGAAGUUCGAAAACAGUCAGAGUCCCAUUACUUCCCCUCCUUCUCGCGGAAGAUCCCCUGUAGGCUCCAGCUCCGGACCUGAUACUCCUGGAUCGACUCGCCAGCUUUCUCGCGUCCGCGCCAGCUUCGUGACUGUGGAAGGAGCCAUUCAAUCAUCUACACAGGGCUCACCACUGCGGAAGACUAGUGGACCAAGUGACGAAUCUGGCAUGUUCGGUCCGCAGAUCAAUGAGCACGGAGUGGAAUCUCGCCGCGCAAACGUGGCUUCGCCUACACCUGGUGGUGGGCAUGGAGGCCAGCCCGGUGUUCUCGAUGCCCUGAACAAGGCAGACACACUGGCUACUCCGCCUGUGAAGCCAGACCAGCUGAGUGAUACUGAAGCGAAACCCACUCUUACCGAGAAUCCCACCCCACCAGCAAAGGUCCAAGAAACCAAGAAAGAAGGUACCAAGGCUAAUGAGACUGCACCUGUGGCUGCGAGUGGAGGAGAAAGUGCGGAGAAACUCGCUCCCAAGACUGUAACCAAGCGUCCAUCAAAUAUCCAUUCUGCGAAGAACAAUCCUCCAAGCAAACCCCCAUCGACCGCGGCUUCUACGGCUUCUAAGCAAACCCCGGCCUCUACUACCGGGUCGAAAUCAAGCCGCGAAGCUGCUAAAGAACGGUCGAAUAACCUUGCCUCCAAGUCUAGCCGCGCUUCUCUGAAUCCGGCAGCUAAACCCACUGCCCGAACCACGCGGGGUUCAACACCCGUCCAGGAGGCUACCAAGUCAUCACCGCCGAGCUCGAAGACGCGCCCAAAGUCUCCUACCAAGCCUGUACGACUGCCAUCUUCCAUGACUGCCCCUACUCAAUCUUCAGCCGCGAGAUUGGGAACUAGCGCCCCCUCUUCCGGUCGGACCAGUACUUCUGGUUCCACCCUCACAAGAAAGCCUUCCUCCCUCAAAAGCACCGCCCCCACUCAAACGCGCCCAGCUGCAGGUACUACUGCGAGUAUCCGUAAACAGUCAUCUCGACCUUCGCUUGCAAGUCAACCAGCCGAACGACCCAGCUCUCGGGUCAGUGAUGGAGGUGGUGGCACCAAGCCUGUGAACGAAGGGUUCCUGGCGCGAAUGAUGCGCCCCACUGCAAGCUCAGCCAGCAAAACUCACGAUAGACCCGAGGCUAAGGUCCCACCAAAGGGCACAACUCCGUCGAAGGCGCCUCGGAAAGCACCAGAACGCACUACUACUCAGCAUAAGGCAAAGGCUGCCCCUCUGCGCGCCCAAGCUGAGAGCAAGCAAGCUCCUAAGAAGGGGCCUGUAGCUCAGAAGGAACCACAGGAAGCCAAAGCGCCAGUGAAACAGCCGGAGAGUGAGAAAGAGAAUAUCGAAGAGCCUACUCCUUCAAUUCCUGAAGAGCCCGAGGUCACUCAAACUCAAAAAUCUGAUUUGGGAGGAUCUCUGGAAAGUUCUGCGAAGCCAACUUCUGAGGAGAAAAGUGAGGAGAAGGCAAAAGCUAAGGAGAGCCCUUCAGUUGAGACAGCUCCCGAACCUCUCGAGCCUGCUGUUCAGCACGUUGAAAAUUCAGUCCCAGAGCCAAUUCCAGAGGUAACUGAGCCAUCAACAGCAGAGACCGGUGAACAAACCCCCGCAAAGCCUGAAAAGCCUGCUUCUGAAGAGCCUCACCAGGCGCCAGAACAAUCAGCAACCUCGGAGAGUGCUACAGAUGCACCAGUUCCUACCGAGCCUGAAGCAAAAGAGUCGCAGGAAAUCCCAGUCGAGACUCCUGUUGAGGCUAAGACUGAUGAUGCAACCUUUGAGGACCAACCUGAGACUUCUACUGAAGGCUACUCUACCCCACUCCUUGACAUCGGCGCUCUUGCUGAUCAAGAAGAAACCCCUAAACCUGCUGCUACUGAGCCCGUGGAUGCUGAAUCCAGCGACGCUCUUAUUGACACUUCCGAUGCGCCCACAAAGGCUUCGAAGGACGUCAAUGUCUCAGCGCCCUCCGCCCAGCCUAACGAAGAGCCUCCUACCGGGGCUGGCCAAGCUCAGCAGCCCUCCGCCAGAGGCAAAGGCUGUCACCGACGAUAUUGA